AUGGCAUUUUCCCAGUGCGAGUAUGGUUUGAGACCAUACCCCGAUCAAACUACCAAUGCACUUAACCCGUGUUUUCUGUCAGCUGUAUCGCUAGGACACGCUGCGUUUUUCAGCAUCAUAGGUGUAUUCCAGCUAACAAAGUUAUUACAAGAAACAAGAAAACCUGCGUCUUUUAAAUAUUCUUCGACACUGAGAUCUCUAUCAACAAGACAUUUACUGCAUCUGUCGAAUGUUGGUCUCCAAGCUACGUUAUUUCUGUGCCUUUUGAUGGUUUUGCCCACUGACGACACACCGAAAAUUACGGAGCAGAGUGUCUUAUGCCAGCUUUUGCUGGUCGUUUUCGUUAAUAUUCCGACUCAGUUCAUACAAUACUACAGGUCUACCGCUUCGCUGGCAGGCCAGCUAUUUUAUUUUCUCACUCAAACGUUGUUGAUGGGAUAUCAAAUCGGACAACGUCUGGGCCAUCACCCAGACACACGAUUUGAUGUUUUCCCGGGCCAGAUUGGUGCUUUAUUGGAACUGGCUCUAUUUGCAAAUGGGCUUUCCAUUUUUCUCUAUGAUCUUGUCUCGUUUCGUCCCAGUCCGGAGCUGGUGGCUUACUACUCCGAAAAUGAGCUGAACCUCGAAUGCAACAUCUUCGAAAAUAUAACAUUUACUUGGAUGAACCGUUUGAUAGGGCAAGUUUACAGGGAUGGAGAAAUUAAAGACCCUCACAAUAUGCCUAUCGCCCCUAUCAACCUUAAUGUGAAGGAGAAAGCAGCACUUUUGAAAUCGAAAUGGGAAAACGAAAGGUGGAGCGGUAGAAACUCUCUUUUUUGGGCCAUCAUGCAUGCUUUUGGAAAAAUCAUCGCACUGGCUCUGUCUAUCGAGAUUUUCAAGGAUUUCUUAACGAUCUUACAACCUCAGCUUUUGAGAUUAUUCAUUAGUGAAUUUGAUGUGGGACAUGAUGAUGCAGGUCGCACACAUCCCAUGCUAAAUGCUGUUUUCGUCGCUCUCGCUCUGUUUUUAUUGAAGCUUCUCUCGACUUGCCUGUCCAACCAGUUCUUUAUCAUAAUUUUUGAAGCUGGAAUGAGUAUAAGAGGCGGAUUAAUGACCAUGCUAUAUCAAAAGUCAUUGAGUCUGUCUGGUGAUGCCAGAGAGGCAAAAUCAGCCGGUGACAUCAUGAACUUGAUGGCCGUUGACGUAAUUCGCAUUCAACGAUUCUUUGAAACUUCUCAAGAUCUUAUCGGCUCCCCAAUUGCUCUCAUAACCACACUCAUAUCGCUCUACACCUUUUUGGGCAAUGCCACGAUCGGUGGUAUACUCGUGAUGGCAGUGAUGUUUCCCGUGAAUAGCUUUCUUUCGCGGAAAGUCAAAAAGUAUGUGGAAGCCUUGAUGAAGUACAAGGAUGCUAGGAUCAAGACCAUCACCGAAAUUUUGAACUCGGUCAAGACUGUAAAGCUUUAUGCCUGGGAAAAGCCAAUGCUCGAAAAACUCGACCAUGUGAGAAACGAACAAGAGCUCAAAAGUGCUAAGGUCAUUGCUGUACUCACUAAUCUAAUACUGUUGGCUUGGAAUUGCGUGCCAAUUUUAGUGGCAUCUUCCACGUUUUUGAUCUACGCUGUAACUAUGGAUAAACCACUCUCACCUGAAAUAGUAUUCCCGUCCUUGUCGUUGUUUGACAUUUUGAAUGAUUGUAUCUACACCAUACCGCGCAGCAUCACAAACUUCAUUGAGACUGGAGUUUCCAUUGGAAGACUUAAGGAUUUUUUCCUAGCUACCGAGUUAGACAAUUCUUUCAUCAAACGUGAAGAAUUGCCCGAGGAUCCCAAAAUGCCCGUUAUAGAAAUAGAUAACGCAACAUUUCUUCGGAAAGCAUUUGUCAAACCUUCGGAUGAUUAUGAUGAAGAGGCUGUCAUCGAGAGUGCAAAGGUAGCCUUGACCAAUAUUUCGUUCCGGGCCUACAAAGCCCAACUGGUUUGCAUCGUAGGCAGGGUUGGAAAUGGAAAAUCCACUUUUUUGCAAGCUCUCAUGGGUAUGCUGCCCUGUAUAAGUGCAUCUGAGGCCCAUAGAUCUCCUGUUUUCCAUUUCAGAGCUAACUCCGUUGCUCUUUGCUCCCAACAGGCUUGGAUCAUGAAUGCGAGUGUCAAGGAUAAUAUCCUUUUUGGACACAGAUAUGACGAAACGUAUUAUAAUGCUACUGUCAAGGCUUGUCAAUUACUUCCUGAUCUCGAAAUUUUGGCUGAUGGGGACGAAACGCUAGUAGGAGAAAAGGGCAUUUCACUUUCGGGUGGACAAAAAGCUCGCCUUUCGCUCGCAAGAGCUGUAUACUCGAGAGCCGAUGUUUACCUUCUGGACGAUAUUUUGAGCGCUGUUGAUGCACAAGUCUCCAGACAUAUUACUGAUGAAGUUUUGAGCAGAGAGAAGGGACUUUUAAAAAAUAAAACAGUCAUUCUAACGACCAAUUCGACUUCAGUUUUGAAACAUGCACAAACAAUAUGGGCCAUAGAGGAUGGAACCUUCAUUGAAUCUGGCAGUUUUGAUGACAUUUUGAACAAGGGCACUGACUCAAAAUUAAAUGCUUUGAUAAAUGACAUUGGACUGUCUGACUCUAACGAGGCCAAAGAAUCGUCCCAACAGAGUUUACUCAAAAUUCAAGAGGAUCAAGAAUAUGAUGUCCAGGAAGAAAUUGGACUUACUGAUCCUGUAGAAGGGGAGAACGUUGUCCGGGCUGCGCUCCAAUCACGAAAAGCAUCCAUGGCUACAUUGCGGCCCCGCAAGAUUAUUGACAUCAAUACUGACACAAGGAGAACUAAGCAAAAGGAAGAGAAAAAAGAGCGCGGCAGGGUGAAAGGUGAAGUCUAUAGGGCGUAUUUGAAAGCCUGUGGUAUACCGGGAGCUAUCAUUUUCUUCAUAUUCCUAUGCGGUUCGAGAGCUCUACUCACUGGAGAGAAUUUCUGGUUGAAGCACUGGUCGGAGGAUAACCAAAAAAACGGGGAAAAUGUUAGAAUAGCGCACUACGUUGGAAUCUACGUUUUAAUCUCGCUGGGUGCUGCGUUCUUCAACAAUGUCAAAAACAUAUUUUUACUUUUGGUGUGCUCGAUGAGAGCCUCGAGGAUUCUUCACGAUAAUAUGGCAAGUGCGGUAUUGAGAAGCCCUAUGAGCUUCUUCGAAACUACCCCGAUUGGCCGAAUCAUUAAUCGGUUUUCCAGUGACAUGAAUUCCGUGGACGACAAUGUGCAAUAUGUCAUCAGCUUUUUCCUCCUCUCGGUUCUCGAUUAUAUUGUUGUUGUCAUUGUCAUCGGUUAUCAGGUGCCCUUAUUCUUAAUAGUGAACGGACUGCUGCUGGUGUUAUACCUGUACUAUCAGGUAUAUUACGUGACGCUAAGUAGGGAACUGAAGCGUUUGAUAAGCACUAGUUUUUCACCCAUAAUGUCCAUGCUGAGUGAGACUAUCGCUGGACAUCUGGUCAUCCACGCUUUUGACCAUUUCGAGCGAUUCGACUACUUCAACUUACAAAACGUUCAAUUUAACGUAAACUGUGUCUUCAACUUUCGCUCCACGAACAGAUGGUUAUCGGUAAGGCUGGAGUCCAUAGGGGCGUUUAUGAUUUUAGCUGUGGCAAUUUUAUCUCUGUCUACUACCGCUGGGGAUAGCCCAUUAUCAGCUGGUAUGGUUGGGCUGCUAAUGAGCUGUGCCCUGCAAGUAACAAACAGACUUAUGUGGAUUGUGAGAAUGUCUGUUCAACUUGAAACCAACAUCGUAUCUGUCGAAAGAAUAGUGGAAUAUUGUAAGUUGACUCCGGAAGCGCCUGCCAUUAUUGAGAAACAUAGGCCUGAGAAAAACUGGCCGGCUCGCGGGUCGAUAAAGUUCGAGAACUACUCCACUCGGUACCGGUCGAACCUAGACCCAGUCUUGAAGAAUCUUACAGCAAAUGUUUUGCCUCAGGAAAAAAUUGGUAUAGUCGGGCGAACCGGUGCCGGCAAGUCUACUCUCUCGCUCGCGCUGUUCCGAAUUCUUGAGCCUUCAGAAGGGACGAUUACCAUCGACGGUGUGGAUAUAAGCCAAAUUGGACUAUUUGACCUAAGAAGCAACCUUGCUAUCAUUCCACAAGAUGCGCAAGCCUUUGAAGGUACCAUCAGGUCGAAUAUUGAUCCCUUCAAUAACUAUACCGACGAGGAGGUUUGGAAAGCAUUAGAACUCUCGCAUUUGAAGCCUCAUGUGGUCAAAAUGGCAAAGGAAGAAGCGGGUUUUGAGGGAAAUGACAAUUUGCUAGACACGAAGGUCAGUGAAAAUGGUAGUAACUUCUCCGUCGGUCAGCGUCAAUUGCUUUGUCUGUCGAGAGCGCUACUAAAUCACUCCAAGAUUUUGAUAUUAGACGAAGCUACGGCCGCAGUGGACAGCGAAACGGACCGUUUGAUACAAGAGACAAUCAGAGCUGAGUUUAAAGACCGUACAAUUUUGACGAUCGCUCAUCGCAUAGAUACAGUGUUGGACAGUGAUAAAAUUAUGGUCUUGGACAAGGGAGAACUGAAGGAGUUCGACUCCCCAGCUAACUUACUAGCUGACAAAAAUUCGAUCUUCUACAGCCUAUGCGAACAAGGCGGGUACUUAAAGACUAAAACUUAG